UCUCUCUGUUUUCAUUUUGAUUUCACUUUCACUUUCUAUGAGAAACAGUCGCAGAAAAAUAAAAUAAACCCAAAAACACUUUCACUUCAAAAUCUCUCUUCAUUUUCAUGGAAAACCUCACACAUUCUCAACACCCAAACAUGCUCUCCAAGAAGCCCUUCACCAACCCCGGCAAAACUGUCUACGACGACGUAUUUUCUGCCCCACCUCGUUUUGGAGCGGCCCCAACAUUGUCUCCUCGAGUGGAAGACUACGGCGAGAUAUUCGGCGCGUUUCACGCGCCACGUGGAGCUUCCUCCUCGAUUCCAGUGCUUGAUCUCCCAUUGGUAGAUAAUGAAGCAGCUGAAGAUGUUUUCUUUGAUGUUAGAAGUUGUUCUGGAUUUGAUUAUAAUGAGGUUUUUGGUGGGUUUAAUGCCUCUGAUUUUGAUGUUUCCUUCGAAGAGUUGAUGAUGGAGCAUUCUAACGGUCGUGAUUUUUCCUCUGAUGAAGCUUGGACACCGGAAGAUCCUGAAUAUCUAUCAGAAGAGUCAGAUAAUUCUGCAAAGAACCAAUGCUUGUCAAAUGGUGGCUCUCAUGAGUCCAUUGAUGGGAGUAUGGAAUUUAACAUAUCAUAUCAUAAAGCUAGUCAAAGCAGCAAUAAAGAUAUGACAAAUGGGAUCACACAUGUGACUAAGCUAUUUGAUGUUCCUGGAUAUGCUUUUAUGGUUGAUAAAUCCAUGUCUUUGCCAAAGACAGAUAAUGAGUACCCACCUCUGCAUGUGAGUGAUGAUGGCCAUCUCAAUAUUGAUUUUAUGGGGGAAAUGAUGGGGGAAAAGAAGCUUAGGAAGACCAUGUCACAUCCGGCUAAUGGCAGUGCUGAUGGGCUAGUUUUUGGAAAUGAAGUUAGACCUCAUAAGGAAUAUGUCAGAAAUGUCUCUCUUCCUAACGAAACAUUUGUUACUAUUUCUGAUGUCAACCUUAAAACUCACCCCUCUCAUUUGCCACCACCCUCUAGACCACCUCCUGCAUUUGAUUUCAAAAAGAGAGAUUUUAGUAAAUCAACUCCAAACUGUCAAGGUGUUGCUUCCUCAGGGAGUGCUGGUGAUAGUUCUCCACCUUACUUUGAUGUAGAGGUGGAUGCAAGUUCCUCUGCUGCAGCCUCUGCCGCUGCUAUAAAAGAAGCUAUGGAGAAAGCUCAAGCCAAGCUUAAAAGUGCAAAAGAAUUGAUGGAGAGGAAGAGGGAUGGAUUUCAAAGCCGUACAAAAUCAGGUUCAAAGAAUGAUAGGAAGGAUAGAGAAGGUAGGGUGAGUAAGAAUGAUGAUGUGUCUGGUAGUAAAAAAUAUGAAGAGGGCACUUGUGAAAGAGAAAAUAAAAUUGAGUUUUCUGUCAUGGAGGAAAGGAAAAAGAUUAGGAUUCCAGAUUCAGUGGAAGGGAAAAGGCAUCUAAAUGCAGCAGAAAAAUCUUCUGAUGAGAAGCAUGGAAGGGAAUCCUUGUCAUCUCAAGGAUCUGAUAGAAUUGAUGAAGCUGGAGAAUGGAAAGAAGCUACUCAAUUUUUUGAACUGGUAAGAACAAAUGUGCCCAGAAAAGUCACUGAGUCGGAAAAUAAUGAUAACAUUUUUCUGCAGAACACAAACAUUCAUGAACAAGGGCAGAAGGUGAAAAAGGUAGCCACGGAAGCAAUGCAGCAGCAGCAAGAAAAUGGGAAGAAACUACAAGCAUUUACAGCAGAUCAUGAACUAGAGGAAUAUGCAAAGAACCCUAAAGUAUCAAAACCAGCUCGUGACCAUGGGGGAAGCAAUGGGAGAUCAGAAGCUGCUAAAGUGUCACAUGGAGAGAAAGGGCUUGCGAUGAAGUUACAAGUGGCUCAAGAGGUUUUCAGAGUGGAGGACGAGGAGAGAUUUAGAAUGAACUUGCAGUCUAUAGGAACUGAAAAGAGACAAACUAGAGCUAAUGGGUCACAAAAACAUGAGAACGUGGUAGAGGUUCCACGAGAACAAAGUAAAAUUGAAGUUUGGCAGACUGCAGAGGACAAGGAGAAAGGGCCUUGGCCAAAAGAGGCUAUUAGAAGUGUGGAGAACGAGAAACAACUCAUUCGUAAAAAGGAUGGUGGUGAAAGGAGAGGAAGGAGCACUUUUGAGCAGGAAGAAAAUGAAAAGAUGCUCAAAGCACCUCUUGAACAAAUGGAAAAUGAGAGAAGGCUGAAGGAGGCACUGAAGCAGGGAGAAAAGGAGAAGAGGAUAAACGAGGCUUGCUUGAGGGAAGAAACUGAGAAGAAGCAGAGAGAGGCUUAUGAAAAAGAAGAAAAGGAGAAGAGAUUAAGAGCAGCUCUUGAAUGGGAAGAAAAUGAGAGGAAACUCAAAGAAGCCUUUGUGAAGGAGGAGAAUGAGAGGAGACUGAAAGAGAAUUGUGAGGAGUAUGAGAGGAGACUAGGAGAGGCUACUGAUAGGGAGGAGAAUGAAAGGAGACAAAGAGAGGUUCGUGAAAGAGAAGAAAAUGAGAAGAGACUCAAAGAAGCUCUUGAGAAGGAAGAGAAUGAGGGGAGACUGAGUGAGUUUUGCCAAAGUGAAGAGAAUGAGAAAAGACCAAAAGAAGCUCUUGAGCAUGAAAAUAAGAAAAAACAGAAAGAGGCUAAUGAAAGAGAAGGAACUGAGAAGAAAUAUAAAGAGGUUUUUGAAAAUGAAGGGAUUGAAGAGACACUAGAACAAGAAGCAAAUGAAAAGCGACUAGAAGAGACAAAUGAGCUUGUUGAAAGUGGCAAGUUAAGAGAGGCUCUAGAGGGAGAAGCAAGUGAACUAGGAACAUGUGAGCCAGAAGAAAUUGGGGAUGCAUCCCAAGAGGUUCGCAACUUGGGAAACAUUGAGGUGACGCUUAAGGAUGUCUCUGAGAAAGAUGAGCUAGGGGUGCUCAAUGAGAUGGGUGGGAACUGCAGGGUAGCGAAGCAGGCAUGUGAGACAGAUGAAAAUAGGAACCUUGGGUCAACUAGAUUAGUUGGAAAACAUGAGGGGAAGAACGGGAAACAAGAAGUGACUGGGGAGAAUGCUCAUGAAGAAAUUAGCAAGGUACCUCCAGGGCUGAAAAUUGGCAACAAGGAAGCAACAGUUGAAACUGUGAAUGUGCAGGUUGAUGGACCAGCAAAAGUGUCUGGUGUGGAUCAAGGCAACUUAGAACAUGAAAAGAAUCAAUCUAUAGUGGAAGAUGAUGCAGCAGCUUCGGUUUAUGGUGAUGAAAGGAUGAGAAAAGCAGGGGAAGCUGGAAAUGGAACAGGACAAAUGAGCAUAGAGAGAACUAAGAAAGCCUUCCAAAUAGAAUCUGAUACCGCAAUUCAAGGCAAGGAAUUUGCUCAGGAUAGGGGUGAGAGAAGAAAGAAUAUGCCUCAGGCAGUUGUUAUGAAUCAGGAAGACAAAAAGGACAAUUUCAUGUCAACCGGGGCAGAGAAAAAGUCAGUUGUGACAGGAAGGAAAAUAGAAGCUGCUCAGCCAGCUGAUUUAGAAGCAAAGGGAAGCACCCUGGGAUCAACUCAGCAGUUUAAUGUAAGUGAAAGGAAAAUGAAGAAUCUGAACAAGACCCUUUCACCUGAAGAAAAAGAAGCUGAAAGGAUGAGAAGAGAAAAGGAGUUGGAAAUGGAACGUCUUAGAAAGAUGGAAGAAGAGAGGGAGAGGGAAAGAGAAAGAGAAAAGGAUAGAAUGGCUGUUGACAGAGCAGCGCUUGAAGCUCGUGAAAGGGUACAUACUGAAGCCCGUGAUAGGGCAGAACGGGCUGCUGUGGAAAGAGCAAUAACUGAGGCCCGUGAAAGGCUAGAGAAGGCCUGUGGGGAGGCUAGGGAGAAGUCAUUGGCUGAUAAUAAAACAUAUUUAGAGGCCAGGCUCAGGGAACGUGCUGCAGUAGAGAGAGCUACUGCAGAGGUCCGAGAGCGUGCUUUCGGAAAAGUAAUGUCUGAAAGGACUGCUUUUGAGACAAGAGAACGAGUAGAAAGAUCUGUCUCAGAUAAAUUCUCUGCUUCUUCCAGAAAUGGUGGAAUGGGACCUAGCUCCUCAUCCUCUGUAUAUAAUGGUUCCUACUAUAUGGAGAGAUCUGAAGGGGUGGAAGGUGAGUCACCUCAGAGGUGUAAAGCAAGGUUAGAGAGACAUAGGCGAACAGCUGAACGUGCGGCAAAAGCUCUAGCAGAGAAAAAUAUGCGAGAUCUUCUUGCUCAGAGGGAACAAGCAGAGAGAAAUAGAUUAGCAGAAACUCUGGAUGCUGAUGUCAAGAGAUGGUCAAGCGGGAAAGAAGGAAACUUGCGUGCAUUGCUUUCAACUUUGCAAUAUAUCCUUGGACCUGAUAGUGGCUGGCAGCCAAUUCCGUUGACUGAAGUUAUAACUUCAGCAGCUGUAAAGAAAGUUUACAGGAAAGCCACUCUUUGUGUUCAUCCUGACAAAUUACAACAACGGGGUGCAAGUCUUCAGCAGAAGUACAUAUGCGAGAAGGUCUUUGAUCUUCUGAAGGAAGCUUGGAACAAGUUCAACUCAGAAGAGCGGUAGCCCGAGCUUAUUAUAUCUGUGCUGAUAGCUUAUUUACAGCAAGCUACUCAUUCUGUAAAUACAUUCGUCCCAUGGCUAAAAUAUCUUCAAGUCCAUCUGAUAUUUCAUUGCCUGUUGGAGUUUCAGGAUGUAAUUUAUGCUUAAAGGAAAAUAGGUAAGAAACAAGUAUUAUUCAAUGAAAAGUGGCCAUAUCUGUUCCUAAUCUGCUAUCCAAUUAAGUUUCUAUGUAAGAAUUUGCAUACAGAGAAGAAAGCCUUAAAGUCCUGGCCCCAUUUAAUUGUAGGGAAAAAGGCGGAAGAAUUGGGUAACGAGUCAACAAAGCUGGACAAAUUUUUAGAGAGGUUUGUCAUGGUUGUUUUCUGGCCAGAUCAGGGAGCUCUUUGAACCCUAAUUAUUUGUAUUAAUCUCUUCAAUCUUAUUAAUAUGUAUAGGAAAGACAUUUAGGUUCUUAUAAAGUUCAAUUUCAUGUUGA